AUGUCUUCCUUUAACAACGCAUACGUGCUAGGCGUUGGUGUCACAAAGUUCAUCAAACCAAGACAACUCAGAACAUAUCCCGAACUGGGCUUCGAGGCGGGAACAAAGGCUCUUCUCGACGCACACAUCACUUACGACGAUGUACAGGCUGGCGUAGCGUGCUACUGUUAUGGAGACACGACUUCGGGCCAACGCAUCUUCUAUCAGUUCGGCAUGACGAAUAUCCCUAUCUACAACACCAACAACGCCUGCGCGACCGGCAGCACUGGUCUCCAACUCGCCAGGACCCUGGUCAAAGGUGGAAUCGUUGAUGUUGCCAUGGUCAUUGGCUUCGAAACGAUGAAACCUGGUUCGAUCAAAAGUGUCUGGGACGACCGUCCGAGCCCAAUGGGCCUUGGCACCAAAAUAAUGGAGGACACCUACGGCAAACAUAACAGUCCUAGGAAUGCGCAGUUCUUUGCGAAUGCCGGAAGAGAAUACAUGGAAAAAUACGGCGCCGAAGCACGCGAUUUCGCUGAAAUAGGCCGGAUCUCACACGAACACUCGUCUCGUAACCCCUACGCCCAAUUCAACCAGGUCUAUACUCUCGAGGAGAUUGAGAAGUCGCCAAUGAUUCACUACCCGCUCACCAAACUGCAGUGUAGUCCUACAUCUGAUGGCGCCGGUGCAGCCGUUAUUGUGUCUCAACGAUUCCUCGAUUCUCGGCCCGAACUCAAAUCCCACGCGAUCUUGAUGGCCGGGCAAUCCCUCAUGACCGACUCGCCCGCGCUCUACUCCCGCGGGGCGAUGGACCUCGUGGGGUUCGACAUGACCAAGCGGGCCGCGCAGGCGGCGCUUUCCGAGGCCGGGGUCAACCCGCGCGACGUCAGGGUGUGCGAGAUGCACGACUGCUUCUCGGCCAACGAGCUCAUCACGCUCGAGGGCUUGGGCUUCUGCGACCAGGGCCAGGCCCACAAGAUGGUGCGCAACGGCGACAUCACGUACGGCGGGCAGGUCGUCGUCAACCCGUCCGGCGGCCUGAUCAGCAAAGGCCACCCGCUCGGCGCGACGGGUCUGGCCCAGUGCGCCGAGCUCACGUGGCAGCUGCGCGGCUGGGCCACCAACGGCCGCCUGGUCAAGGACAUCGACGUCGCGCUGCAGCACAACCUCGGCCUCGGCGGCGCCGUCGUCAUCACCGUGUACAAGCGCGCCGACGGGCGGAAGAACACCGACGUCAAGCUGAGCGACGCCGAGAUCGCGAAGCUCUCCGGCCUCGGAUACAACCCUGCCGUUGAGGCCCGGGGGGUCACGAGGGCGGAGGCCGACAAGGUCCGGAGCAAGACUGCAAAAUGCGACUUCGCCCUCGGCGACACGGCCGACAAGUUGCAAGCGAGGUUGUGA